GGUGAAUCUUGGCUCUUACCACCAUCUCGACCAUGGACUCCUCUGCCUUGCUUGCUCAUAUCCUUUCCCAGACAAAGCAGAACAUCGAAUUUCUUGCCUCACAAAACAAGAUUUCUCCCAGCGAUGCCAGGGAUAUCAUUGCCAAGUUGCCUCAGGACCCAGCUGUAGCCGACAUUACCAGGUCUACCCAGAAUCUGCUCGUACGGUCGCCGCCGCCGCCUCCAAUUCCUCAGCCGUACAAUUCACCGCCAGUUACUACUGUCUCCAAGGCCAGGGCAAUCUGGGGAUACAACGAGUCCAGACAAGACCCUCACGAUCUUUCGUUCCGGGCCGGCGAUGUUAUCGAAAUCGUGGCAGAAGCCAAUGCUGACUGGUGGACAGGACGGCACAAUGGUGUCGAGGGCUUGUUCCCCUCGAAUUAUGUCGAACGGUUGCCACCCGAUACGGUCGCUGAGAAGGUGGCACCUUACAGUCCUCCCCCAAAUGCACCUUAUAGCAAUCCACUAUACCAGCCUCCUCCUGGACCACCCGUGGGAUACGGUCCCCCUCCCUCGCAAUACAACGCUCCGUACCCAGCUUAUCAGCCGCCACCGCCGCAGCCAGCUCCAACUCAGGUGACCACCCAAGUCACUGUCGAGGAGCCCAAGAAGUCCAAGUUCGGACUCGGAGGGGGCGGCCUGAAGAAUACUUUGGCUCACUCUGCUGUUGGAGGAGUUGGAUUUGGAGCAGGAUCCGCUGUCGGAAGUGGGAUCAUCAACUCUAUUUUCUAAACACGCUUUAUCUUUCACAUCUUUGGUAUGGACUUUCACACAGAUCUAGCUUUUAUCGGGAGUUUGUCAUAUCGUUUUUCUCUAUCACAAUUCUCAUUCUUUAGUCGUUAAUCAAUUGUAACGUUUGGGUAUAGAUAGCCACAAGCGGAUUACUACUCUUACAACAGGAUCUGAACCUGGAGAAUAACUAUACGCAAUGCACUUUGUAAUUCCAACAACUCAUUUGCUGAAUACGAUUUUGAGCGUCAAUAUCAG